AUGAUACGACAUUCUUUACAAUCAUCAUCGGCAACUCCUAAAUCCAAAACUCAAAAUUUUAACGAAUGCGAAAAUUCUAAGGCUAAAACUAUAGCCAAAUAUAAAAAGAUAUACACUGAUUGGGCAAAUCAUUACCUGAAAGAAAAUAAUAAAUCACGGUUGGUGGUUGAUCUACAGCAGGAAUUGCAGGAUGGAAUCUUAUUAUCAGAAAUCAUUCACGCCAUCACGAAGCAAAAGGUGGAAUAUAUCGAUCCUCAACCCAAAGAUGAAAAUCAAAAGCUUUCCAAUAUCCAAAAAUGUUUACGAUUUUUGGAAAACCUCGGAAUCGAUGUCGCAAAUUUCCCCGCAAAAGAUAUCAAUGAGGGCAAUCUGAAGGCUAUUCUAGGCUUAUUUUUCAACCUUUCCCGUUACAAUAUUUCUAACAUCGACGAGUCAUGUAAUUUAGAACCUAAAAACAAUUUAUCUGACAAAAAUAAUGGAACUUCUCAUGGGACUUCAACGGUUACUCGGUCUAAAAUAAAGCCUCCAUCUAGAGCACCAAUUGCUAAAGCUACUAACUAUCUCUACCACGGUAAUCAAAGCGAUAUUUUAGCAUCUUCAGAAAAUAAGAAUGAUUACGAUUCUUCCUCCAAUAGUAGAUCUUAUCAAAGUCACAUUAAUCUUAAUAACAAAAAUAUAGCUAAUAAUAGAGUUGACAAGAGAUAUAAUAAAUUUCAAAAUUCAUUUUCGAAAUCUAAAACGAUAGAUAAAACGUUUAAAAACCAUAAAGACAAUGAAUAUAAAUACGAAAAUCAAUGUGCCACCAAAUUAGAUUAUAAGUCAAAAGCCGAAUAUAAAUUUUCCAAAUAUUCUAUACAGGAAAGUGUUCCUUCUGCUACCAAUAAGCUUUAUAAAGAUGAAAUUCAGCUCAAUAAUGAAAUUGUGACCUGCAGCAAUAUUUCCCUUGAUUCUAAUUUAUCAAACAAAUCAAAUUACUCAAAUUUAUCGAAUAAAUCACAUUACUCUAACGUAUCAUAUCAUUCAUCAGAAUAUUCUAAAAAUUUUAAACCUAGCUUUCAAAAUCAAAGCAGUACCCAAAUUAUACCUGGUAGCACACAACCUACUUUUGUUUCUUCCACCAAUUAUCGUUAUCACAAAACAUCAUUUCAGUCACGUAAUAUACCAAACACAACACAAGUUACGGCAAUUAAAGAGCUUGAUGAUGGAAAUCAUGUAAAAGAUGCCGCAAUUAAAGAAAGUAACCUCACAAGUAAUUCUACCGACAACGACUCUCGUAUUCCAUUGGUACCACCCACUACGCACCUUGAAAAGAAAACCAAUGCUAAUAAUACUCUAUCUUCUACUUCCCAUUUAAGACCUCCUACAGCUUCCUUUAAAACAUCAAAUAACUGUAAUUUCUCUACCUUGAGUCGUCCCAAUAACAAAUUUUCAACUUCUACGAAAGAAGGAAAUACAGCUCCAAAAGCCAUUUCAGACUCUAAGGAUAGUAAUUUGGCCCAUGAUAAUUUGAGCUUCACUUUACCCCGCGGUCAUAAAAACAAAAUACCUCAAGGGACAGAAGAUCACUUGCCAAAUAAACACAAAAAAAAUGACGAUCUUGAAAUUAAGGAUAAAGAUUAUUAUAAUACCAAUAAAACUAUAGCAGAGGAUACAUCGGAUAAAGAUGUCAAUGUUGUGGAAGUCGAUAUUCAUGGUAAUUACUUAAAUAGUGUCAAACCAUUAAAAAAAGUGAACCAAUCUGGAAAAAAUAAAAACCUAUUGAUUAAACCGAGCACUAUACCCUAUUCUUCAAUUCCAUCGCUAAUUGCGCACUCUAAUCCAUUUAACAAAGUCCCAUUUUCUCGAAGUUAUUACCUUGAAACGGACAACAAACUCGAUUUAAAACGUGAUAAUAACACUAUAAUAACUACUAAUAAUAAUGAUGAUGCUACUCAAUCUUGCACCAAGGCUAGCCUUAUUCACAGCAGCGUAUACCUAUCGAAAUCAACCAAUAAACACAAGAUCAAGGUAACGCGUAAAUCUAGUAUUAAGCGUUCAUCUCACAAAUCAAACAUGAAUACGGAUUUGAAUAAACAUAAAUCAGCUGAGAGUUCAUCUGAAAAGUUAUUUGUAUCCAAGAAAACAUCGAUUACUAACAACAUUAAGUGUAUUGAUAAAGUUACCUCAGAAUCCUUAAACUCCAAUCAAGGAAAUAAUAAAAUAGAAAACUUUUCGAAAUCCAAUCCUUCGAUUCCCAACUUACGCCAAUAUUCUCCUUCUCUUGGUUCGUAUCAUAAAUCCAAAACGGUGAACAACUAUGUUCAUAAUAUUACAGAUGAACGCAAUAGAUCCACCGGAGAAUUGGCAUUAAAGGAAUCUUAUACUAAAGUCGGGCUUAACGCUAAAUGUGAUAGUCUAAGCGGAAUUCCCAAACCAACCGCUGCCAUUAAAGGCACAGCAAGCAAUACGAAUCCCCCAACACCCAGUAAUACUAUUUUGAAUGAUGCCAUAGCUAUAUAUUCAAGAAACGUACCAAAUUAUUCAUCCGCCGAAAAAGAAAUCAAUUUUAAUAAAUCUAAAUCAUCUGCCACGAAAUCCGACAUUUUACCAAACAAAUUAAUAGCACCAUCGACUUCGAAUAGAAGUUCUAAAUUAACUCAUCAGAAUCUUAAAAACCUAGAAAAUCGAUUAAACAAGGAAAAAACGCAAGAAUUGUCACCGCACGUAGAACAAAUGAACCUUAUAGACGUUGACUCUCAUUUGUACACUGUUCCUCGCAAGAUUUCUCAUCUCCAUUCCAAUAAUUCAUUUGCCAAAUCUCAUCACUUACCUUCCGUUGCCUUGGUGUCACCCAUGACCAAAGCAGAAAAAUCGAAUAAAUCUGAAGUCAAUGUAGGCAUAAAUAAACCAUUAUAUUUUUUUGGGGAGGCAUUCAAGCAAUCCAAUAAUCCGAUUUAUGACGCACAGCAACUAUCACAUCCCCUUACAAAAGAUAUGGGCAAUGAAAUAAUGGGAACUACUAAAUUUACGAGAGGUUUAUCUCAAAGCCCAAAAUAUCCUAAUCAUUAUAAAACUACUGGGAAUGGUCUUAAAGGUCAUUGUCUUCAAAAUGGUUAUCUGUCUGAUGGAGAAGCCCUUAAAAUGAGUAAAAAGCAUCGUAAAAUGAUUACAUUGAUGCAAUUACAAAAUUGUGAGAAUAUUCUCUGUGCUGAAAAUGACUCGAACAAUGUUUCUCACGAACAUAGAUCGGAGGGUUUGAAUCAAAUCAACUAUAACAGGGUAGAGGAUAUUAAUCCAUAUUAUGCAAACACUAAUAACUUGUUAACAAAAGAUCCAUAUUAUGCAAACACUAAUAACUUGAUUACUAAAGACGGUUUUCACCGCAAUGAUUCGAACAAAACUUUACAUCUCAAUGAUCACGCUAUUACUGCCGAUAUGAAUAAUGGAAAUGGAAAAAAGGCCUACAAAAUGGAGCCUAAUAGUUACGUUUCUCAUAUGAAUGGAACGUCAAUAAAUGAUAUAUACCAAAAUUCCCAAGCCAUAAUGAACCGAGAGAAAAGUAUGGAUCUUAAAAGUGAACAAAAUGCGUCCAAAUUAACUAACGCUGUUAAUCCAUUUAAUAAUAAACUGGCGGAAAACCCAUAUAAACAAUCGAAUUCAAAUACAUAUGAGGGAAAGGCUCCCAUCUUACCACUUCGACAAAAUCUUAUUUCCGAUUUUUCAAAUAGUGGAUUCGAUUCAAAAUACUUUUAUGGUGCCACAAAAUCUGGGCAUACUCCAUCCGUCAUUUCAUUUAAGUCGACACCGCCGAACUAUCUCAAACACUCAAAAUCGCGCUUCAAAGUUCAUGAUUUUCAACUUACUACCGGUUUACCUUUUAUUAAAAAUAACAAUGACAAUGUCACUGAAGGAGAAAGGGAACAAGAUGAGCUAUUAUUGAACCUAAACAUGGGACUAAAUAUGCCUGGAACUCCUAAAUCCUCGUUGGGUCGCCAUCAAAACCAGUCAAAUCCAAAUGAUUAUGUGCAUACUACCGACUUAAACGAUGAUGAGUCAAUAAUGCAAGCUCUAACACGUCAGUUGGAUCUCUUAGAUCGCGAAUUAGGCCCUGGUUCUAAAGGAAAUUUAUCUGCCAAUCAAUCUACUGGUAAUUAUCACACGUUAAGUACUUGGCAUGACCCUGGACUUUCUCGUGGUUCUCAUUUGAGGAGACAGAACACUCAACACAGAGCAAAUAGCUUGUUCGAUUACAAACUUUCCCGGACAGAUUCACGAUUUCUUCAACAACAAUAUCUCCAUUCACCUAAUCUAUAUUACAACCAUCGCACAACCCCCCUUAAAAUUACACGAGGACAUGGAAUAUGUCCAUUGACACCUAAAUUGCCCAUACCAUCGCUACACGAUGACAAAUCCCAAGAUUUUAUUGAAAACAGAGAUAUCAGCAAGGUCACUGAAAGAAAUAAUCCCUCCGAUUUAUUGUUAGAAACACCUAUCAUAGGAUCAACACUCUCUCUCUACUCCAAUGUGUCAUCUCUAUAUUCAACUCCCGAAGAGAAGUGUACCUACGAGAUUAUGAAACUUAAAAAGGAAUUGGAAUUCGCACAUGAUAAGGUGUAUUCUUUGACUAAUCAACUCAGCACCAAUGCCUCGGUAGUGGCUGCUUUUGAGCAAAGUUUGAUGAACAUGACUAACAGAUUCAAAGAUUUAAAUGCCACUGCUUUGGCUAAGGACGAUGAACUUAAUUUUUUGAGAAACACCAUUCAAGCGCUUAAACAAAAAUGUCAAUUAACGAAUGUCGAACUCCCCGGGCUGAAUAAAAAUAUCUCCAUGACGGAAGCAGAUAAUACAAAAUGUGAUUAUUCAAAUGACAAAAAGAUGAUAAUGAAUGACACACUAAACUUGGAAGCAAAUUCUAGUAGUUUGAGUAGCAAAUCAAUUUCACGUCAUUAUGAAAGUGACGGCAACAAUGAUAAUGAUUUUAAUUCUCUUAUAAAUGAUAAAAAGGUCAAAAAGAAAAAAAAUUGGUUAAGAAGUUCAUUCACCAAAGCUUUCUCCAGAAACAAAAAGGGAAAAUUACAAAAUAAAGCUACAUCAACUGUUGAUUAUAACAAUCAUGAUAAAAAUGAUAGAAGCACGGAGACUGGCAAAAAUUGCUCGACCUGGAAAGAAAUUUCCAAUAAUUGCGAUAGCACGAGUUAUUCUUAUCGAUCAUCAAUCUUAUCAUCAAAUUCAACUCAUUCCUCUAUAGCCACUCCCUCAAAAAUUCUUAUAAACGUUAAAAAUAGUAUUAAUGCCAAUUCGCACGUUGAUAAUGUGUGCUCUAAAAAAGCCAUUGAAUCCGAUAUAACUAACGAUAAUAACAACAUUUCCCAAAUUUUGUCCCAGUGCAAUUUUCCUACCAAGCAAGUAGAGAUGUCUAAUAAUUUUAAUCAAAAUAUAUCAAUGACCGAUCCUAAAAAAGGUGUAGCUUAUGUGUCACCAUCUAUCCUUCAAUGCCCUUCCUAUAAUAGCUUCUUCGCAACCCUAGUUAGCCUGGAAAUUUCUAAUGAGUCUGCCAUUAAAAAAUCGAUUCCCAUCGGUUAUUUGCGAAUCGCAAAUAAUACGCCAUGGGAUCUCUUAACGCGGUGUUUAAAGACACUGUUUAGAGAAUACCUUUUAGCCUUAACAUCUUAUUCAAACGACCAAGAAAAUACAAAUAAUGAAGUAUCUAAUAGAAAUGAUGGUCAGGACGUGAAUGGCAUAUCGUUUUAUGCAGCUUUCGGUCGCUAUUUUCCAUCUAGUGGCAGGAAUAUAUCUUUUUAUAAUCGUCGUUCGAGCGUAAACUCACCAACAGACUACAAUCUAGACCUGAGUCCCGAAGAGAGUCUUAUUAAAUUUAGCCCAGGGCACUCUCAGAAUAAUACUAAUUUCAGAUAUUUUAAUGACGCUAAUCAAUUGGAAAAUAAUGAAAAUGACAUUACACCUUAUGAUUGGUUAAACGAUUCCACUGAAUAUGAUGAAGGAGUAAAUGAAAACAGAGUUCGCAGGAUAGAUUUACAUCUCAAAGAUAGCAAGGUAAAUGCGCUAGAUUCAUUCAGUGCAGAAUUGCUUAUACCUAAGAAAGUUCUACAGAGAUAUACUAUUGAUUUAGUUCAGUACAAAUCUAUGGCCUUUAUAGGGCCCGUAGCUAGUAAUAAGAGCAAACUAGCUUUUAGAAUAGCCCAAUACACUGUUAACAAGUUAAAAAAUAAAGAAAAUGGUGAUUUAAAUGUUAAUCUUGAAGGCAAAGAAAAUAAUUUUGACGAUGAUAUAGCGAUAAUUGACAUGAGUCAUCGAGAUAUUGAUUAUUUACAUCGAUAUCUAAGUUCCGUGAAGGAGCACACAUCUCCAAAUUUAAUUCCACGAAUAAUAAUUGUCGACAAUUUAAGCCAUCUACAAUUAGGAGCAUUGAACGGUUGUCGUUUUGGGGUAUCAACAAAUAAAUCACCCCUUUUACUAUUUACAAUUAAUUUAAACGCCACGCAACAAGUAGACCCUUCCUUCGAUACAUUUUGGGAAAAAUUAGAAGCGCUUCAUUUGGAUUUCAAAUGGGUAAUCCUCAAAUCAAAUGAAGAACCUUUGAAAGGAAGUCUUCAUAGGCAUUUAACUCGCAGAAGAAUUAUUUCACAGACCAAACUAAAAUUCUUACAAUAUAUUAAAUCAAUAAAUGCGAUCUCGUUAAACAGUAAUGAUGGAGGGAAACGAGAUAAAGAUUUAAGCAUGGACACGACUCUAUUUGAUACACGAAUAUGUGAAUGGGUUUGUACUGUUUGGUGCAAAAUAAACGAGUGUUUAACCAUUAUUUAUGGAUCUAUGGAUUCCUGCAUAGGUCCCAAGUAUUUUAUGAAUUGCCCAUUGCAUGAAGGCACCAAUGAUUACAAUUAUCGCGAGGCGACUUAUGAAAAAGGAAUGAUUUGGUUUAUCACAUUGUGGGAUAAUACACUUCACCCUCAUAUAUCUACCACAAUUUUAUCGAGUAGCCUUGACGAUCUACCUGAUUCCUUUGAUAUGAAAAAAGCGUUGGCCAAGGAACUUAUUUUGUGGAUUAUACAAACAAACCCUUGGGACUCUAAUCAUGAAAUGGAACAAACAAUUUUGAAGCUUUGGUAA